CUCAGGAGUACAAGCAGCUCGCUUUGAGGAAGCAGUGACUGCAAAGCAUCUGCGCACUGUCACUGGUGGAAGAGCCCAUCAUGUACCUGGAGAUCAACUGGUUUGUGAGGCUUCUGCACAAGCACAGCAUCUCUGCUUUCCUGGUUACAAAUGCACAGUUCCCAGAUGAGAUUAGGAACCUUGAGCCAGUAACGCAGCUGUAUGUCAGCGUGGAUGCCAGCACCAAGGAAAGCCUGAAGAGAAUUGAUCGGCCCCUCUUCAAGGAUUUCUGGCAGAGGUUCCUGGACAGUUUAAAGGCCUUGUCUGAAAAGGGCUGCUGGGAUUUCGGAGGAGCUUGGAAAGACGUUAGCAAGAGUUGCCUAAAGGAAAAACUGCUUUUUCCCAGCACGAGUGCACUGUUUACAGACUGACACUGGUGAAAGCUUGGAAUGGAUGCACUCAAAGCCUAUGCUGAUCUGAUAUCCCUUGGUA